AAAAGGGUUGUGGGUGGUUGUGUUGCAGUCUUGCAGUUUUCAGCAUAGAGAAAAUUGCGAAUAAUAUUGCAAAUUGCAUGCAGGCAAAUUUGGCUUGUCCGUGCCGGGUUUUAUUGUUUAUAAUGUGUUAUUAUUAGUUAGUUACUGCAAACACAGUGAUUACUUGCUCAGUGAAUAGUACCUCUAGCAGAAUUCAGGAAUCUUUUGUAGAGGCGUAAUGUCUACAUCAAGUAAUAUAUCACAAUCUGCAUACUCUCCAUCUGAACCCGAAACUCCUCAGAGUACUACACAAGCCCGUCUCCAAAAUUUUGACCAAUCCUUGAACCACGUGGAUAUUGGUCACAGCAUUGAGCAGUCUUUGAAGAGUGCACAGAAAGAAAUACACCAGAAGCGGAUUCAAACUCUAAGAAAAGAACUUGAUUUUUUAAAAUCAACUGAAUGGGAAUUUGAGUAUGAUAAAGGUUUUGUACAGUAAAACAUAAAAAUAAGAUCAAAUUAUUAUCAAAAUGAUUUCGUACAUCAAAUCAUUUUUUAGUUAUUUAUUUUAUAAACCUGUAGAAGAAGCUGACGAUGAUGAGAAAGAAAACUUUUUAGCUGAACAGCUUGUUGAUUUAGAAGCCGUCAAUGAGGAAUAUACUUGGAAUGAAGAAAGUGCAACAGACAUACCAAGAGAUGCAGUAUGCUUUCAAAGAACUGGCAUUGUAACAUAUCUCGAUGGCAGUAACUACAUAUUAAUUGAUGGAAUGCUAUAUUAUGACUUAUCAUCUACUUUAAUAACUGUUCGAGUUAACGAUAAAGUGCUCUAUCUUGCUUAUACUGACAAAAAUGAGAGAAAUGUAGUUGUCAGACUGUUGGAAAACCAAGGAUUAAGUUGGGCAGAUGAUGAAUGCACUGAGCAGGACAGUUUUAAAGUUAUAAACCAUGUUAUUAUUGGUGAAGUUGAUUAUCGGCAAGAAAGACUAGUGUACAUAAAAGAUAGUGACUUGAAAUUCAACCUUGAUAAUGUAGAGGGCAUAUUUGUCCCUGUAAAAGGUGACUGGCUUGAGAUGAGCUGUAGAAUACAAUUUGAUGAAAAAAAACCUUGUGAUAUAGGUUCUGCUCAGGUCUUGGAAGUGAUCUCAUUUAAACCAGUGAGGAGUAAAAUAAAAAAUGCCAUGAUAACUGCUUGGUUUGGUGACAAUGGCAUUUGUGAUAGACUUAUUUAUUUUGAUAAGUCAUGCCUGGAUAACUUUAUUGAACCGCAAGUUGGGUCUAAGGUCAUGGUUAAAAUAAUUGAAAGUAAUCAAGGAGCUUGCACAUGGAGAGCAAUAGAACUUAUAAUCACAGAAACCAAGCUAUCAGAUAAUGAAGAAGUCUCAGAUAAUGUACCAAAUGAAGAAGAGAAAAGUAUAGCUUUGGAAAAAGAAAAAAAUAUGGAAAUCACUUAUCCCCUUAAAUUUCAUAAUUUAAACAUCAAAAAUACUGCAGAGAUAAAAAUGAACGUAACAAAUCAUGGAAAUGAAGUUCAGUUCAUAAAUAAGUUGAUUAUACUUAGUAAGAAGAGAGAUUCUCAAAUAAACAUUGAACCAUUUCUAACUCGUCCAAAGAGACUAUUACCUAAAGAAACAUUUACAUUCACUAUUACCUGCAUUCCAAAAUUUUUGGGUAAUACCAAAGAAGCGUUUGUUAUUGCGUGCAAAGGCUUUCAAGCCCGAAGAAUUAUUGAUAUAACAGUUGUAAAUGAAAAUGUAUCAAUAAAUACCAAAAAUGCAAUGUAUAAUAACCAUAUGUAUAAAACAGAUAAAGAAAAAAUCGAAUCCAUGAAAAACGUAAGGAAACAAGAAAACCAACAUAUUUUACCUGGUGUGAGACCUGUAAAACCACCAGCUUUCAUAGCUGUAAAACUAGGCAGUUUUCCCAUACCAGAAAAAGUUUGGUCAGUUAUUUUAGGAGAUUCAGAACAAACGGCACUUAGUGCUGAUUACCAUAAGGUAAUUACCAGAAUUGAAGAUAAACUGCCAUGCCUAUCACAAGAAUUAAACAUUCAUAAUUACACUGACAAAUGGCAUAACUUACUUUAUAUUGAAGAAAUUCAACAUAAUUUAAACAUGAGGGCAUAUGAUAGACAAAAAGUGUUUUUGAUUCGCUGCCAGGAGUACCUAGCUUAUGAAAUUAAUGGAUUAGCUGAACAGAGACCAUCAUUAAUGAAAGGAGACAAAGUGGUAGUAAAAGAUGGUUGGGACACAAGUGCACCUCUUUAUGAAGGAUAUAUUCAUGUCAUAAAAGGAGACAUGGUUUUAAUGAAAUUCCACCAGCGAUUCCAUGAAAUCUACAGUGGUAGUGAUGUGUCUAUACAAUUUAAUAGUGGUCGCGCUACCUUUCGUCGAGGUCACCAAGCUGUUAAUUUAGCUAUAUCUAAUCUAGGGCCAAGCAUAUUAUUUCCAGGUCGUAUUUCACCUCGACCAAGACAAGUUUCUAAAGAAAUAGUUGCUGGAAUUAAAUGGUUCAACAAUGAUCUUAACUUAGGACAGAAAACAGCAGUGACAAACAUUUUAUUGGGCGAAUGCCGUCCAUUACCGUACAUUGUAUUUGGACCACCCGGUACCGGAAAAACUGUUACUGUCAUAGAGACUAUUUUACAAAUCCUGCAGACACUGCCCGAUAGCAGAAUACUAGUGGCUACGCCAUCAAACAGUGCAGCAGAUUUAAUUACACAGAGAUUAAUUAAAUACAGGGAAAAAUUUUCAGAUUCAGUGGUCCGGAUUAUUGCUAAUCAUUUAGCUGAGUCUGAUAAAGUACCUGAUAACAUUAAACCAUUUUGUGCAACACUAGAUAUUGCAAGAGAAGAAACAUCUAAGUCAAAAUACUCUGUCAAAGAUGGGCUUAAUUUGAAUUGUCAAUCAUCUUUUAUUGGGAGACAUCGAGUUACAGUAGGAACUUGUUUCUGUAUAGGAACUCUGGCUUUGAUGGGUCUCCCGAAAGGCCAUUUCACUCAUGUGAUAGUAGAUGAGGCUGGCCAAGCCACAGAACCGGAAAUUAUGAUACCAAUGACUUUUGUUGAUAAAGAAAAUUGCCAAAUUAUAUUAGCUGGUGAUCCAAUGCAACUGGGGCCAGUGAUUAUGUCAAAAUACUGUUUAGAAUUCGGAAUGGACGAAUCCUAUUUGUCAAGAAUCCUCAAAACAUUUCCUUAUCAGAAAGAUUAUGCUGCAUUUUCAAACGGAUAUGAUCCGCGACUAAUCACAAGGCUCACUGAUAACUACAGAUCUCUGGAGGAGGUCCUCACAUUGCCUAGCGAAAUGUUUUAUGACUCUUCAUUAGUGGCUCAAAUUGAUAGAAAUGAAACAUGGAUAUUAAACAUACUGGAAGUGGUUAAUGAAAUUUUCCAUAGAGAUGAUGUAAGUACUGGAGGGAUUUAUGUAUAUGGAAUAAAAGGAAACAAUAUGAGAGCAGAGGAUAGUCCAUCCUGGUACAACCCUCAAGAAGCUUCUAUGGUAGCUCUGACUACUUGCAAGCUGUACAAAAAGCAUUUGACUGUUGAUGAUAUUGGAAUUAUUACCCCAUAUGUAGCUCAGAUCAAAUAUCUCAGACUCGUAUUUGAGGCAAUGGGGCUACCUCAACCUAAAAUUGGUACUGUAGAGGACUUUCAAGGACAAGAAAGAAAAUUAAUACUAAUAUCUACUGUGAGAUCUACAGAAAACCUGGUGGCAGAAGACCUAAGAUUCACUUUGGGGUUUGUCAAUAAUCCAAAAAGGUUAAAUGUUGCUCUGACUAGAGGCCAAGUCGCAGUACUUUUAUUCUGUAAUCCGCGCCUGUUACGUAGAGAUGUGUCAUGGAAUAAAGUUAUUACUUGUUCCGUCAAUGAGGACAGAUAUAUGGGGUGUGAUUUGCCUGAAGUUGUGAAAUGUAAAAAUCAAAUUGAAAUAUAAUGUUACUUAACUAUA